AUGCCACAGUUGCCGUCGCUUCGUAGGGUGACUACCUCGCUAGUUUUGGCUACGGGCCUGGCGUCGGCAGUGAAUGCCCAGAGCAGCUCCAAGAAACCUAUCGAGGUCGACGGGACUUCAUUUGCUCUCAAUGGCAACAAUGUUUCAUACCGUUUUCAUGUCGACAAUACAACCGGUGACCUGAUUGGAGAUCACUUUGGUGGACCGGUUGAAGGUGACACCAUUGAAGCCGAAAUUGGACCUGUACAAGGCUGGGUCGACUUGAUCGGCCGUGUUCGACGCGAGCUGCCUGAUUUGGGACGAGGCGAUUUCCGAACCCCGGCUGUUCAGAUUCGGCAAUCAGAAGGGUACACAGUCAGCGAGUUUCAGUAUCAAUCGCAUACGGUUGUGGACGGAAAACCUGCCCUCAACGGCCUACCAUCUACCUUUGGCAAGGACGCCGACGUUUCUACACUCAUUGUCCAUCUCUACGACAACUACAGCUCUGUGUCGGCAGACCUCAGCUAUUCAAUCUUUCCCAAGUAUGAUGCAAUUGUUCGAAGCGUCAACAUCACAAAUAAGGGCAAGGGCAACAUUACAGUUGAGAGACUUGCUAGUUUUAGCGUUGAUUUACCCUGGGGUGAAUAUGAUUUGAUUGAGCUCAAGGGUGAUUGGGCUCGAGAGGGCAUGAGGGUUCGGAGGAAGGUCGACUUCGGUACUCAGGGCUUCGGGAGCACGACUGGAUAUUCGUCCCAUCUACACAAUCCUUUCCUCUCACUAGUCUCGCGAACUACCACCGAGUCCCAUGGAGAGGCUUACGGGUUCUCGCUUGUUUAUACUGGAUCUUUUGCGGCCGAGGUGGAGAAGAGCUCCCAAGGACUUACCAGAGCCAUGCUGGGACUUAAUCCGUCGCAGCUGUCUUGGCCACUCGGACCGGGCGAGUCACUGCAGUCUCCCGAAUGUGUCGCAACUUUCUCUAAUACUGGUAUUGGUGGCAUGUCGCGUAAGCUGCAUAGUUUGUACCGCCAGCACCUUAUAAAGAGUAAAUACGCUACUGAGACACGGCCCGUACUCCUUAAUAGCUGGGAAGGCCUUGGAUUCAACUACAAUGCCAGUACCAUUUACCGGCUGGCCCAGCAGAGUGCUGAAUUGGGCGCGAAGCUGUUCGUGUUGGAUGACGGUUGGUUUGGCGUAAAGCACCCUCGCAUCACGGACAAUGCUGGGCUAGGAGACUGGGAAGUCAACCCCAAGCGAUUCCCGGAUGGACUCAAAGCAUUAGUCGAUAAAGUCACAGACCUAUCCGUCGGGAACUCAUCUACAAAGCUCAAAUUCGGCCUGUGGUUUGAGCCUGAAAUGGUCAAUCCCAACUCGAGUCUGUAUGAAGAACACCCGGACUGGGCACUUCACGCGGGCAAGUACCCUCGCACGUUGACCCGAAACCAGCUGGUCCUUAAUGUCGCGUUACCCGAAGUCCAGGACUUUAUUGUCGAUGCUGUGUCAAACAUUCUUAACAGCACUAAUAUUGGCUAUGUCAAAUGGGACAACAACCGUGGCAUCCAUGAGACCCCGGCACCGUAUACCGACCACCAGUACAUGCUGGGCAUGUACAAGGUCUUCGCCAGGCUCACUGAAAAAUUUCCAGACGUCAUCUGGGAAGGCUGUGCUUCAGGCGGAGGCCGAUUUGAUCCCGGCGUGCUUCAGUACUUCCCGCAGAUUUGGACUUCCGACGACACUGAUGCUGUGGAGAGAAUCCAUAUACAGUUUGGGACAUCUCUAGCAUAUCCACCGUCUGCCAUGGGUGCUCAUGUGUCUGCUACCCCAAAUUCACAGAGCGGACGCAACGAAACAAUCGAGUUUAGAGCCCAUGUCGCUAUGAUGGGCGGUUCAUUUGGCCUCGAGCUUGAUCCAGCACAUAUGCCAGCACAGGACAAGGCCAAGGUCCCGGACCUUAUCAAGCUCGCCGAGAAGGUGAAUCCUAUUGUUGUCAAAGGUGACAUGUGGCGCCUUAAUCUGCCAGAGGAGUCUGAUUACCCGGCUGCUCUUUUUGUUUCCAGUGAUGGCAAGGAUGCCGUGCUCUUCUACUUUCAGCUCAAACCUACCAUCAACAACUACUGGCCCGUAGUGCGUCUCCAAGGGUUAGAUGCCGGCGCCAUGUACAAGGUUGAUGGCAAUCAGACGGUGUCGGGUGCAACUUUGAUGAACAGAGGGGUUUCAUACCAGUUUGACGCCGGGUAUUCCAGUAAGGUUGUCUUCUUUGAGAAGCAAUAA